AUGGGCAACUUUGCGAGACAGAUUCAGAACCCCGACUACUCGGACGACGAGUACGGAGCCGAGGAGGCCUACUUCACCUACCGCCCCCUCUCGAACCUUCCCACCCCGCCUCCUUCUUCUAGGAACUCCUCCGCACAUCAGAGCCCGAAGACGGGCCUGGAGGAUGGUGAGGUGCUGCAAGAGAAAUUCCUUGGACCCGCCAUCCACUUAGUCAACCUCGUUCCCACGUCAGCUUCCCUCACGACGCCUUCGGUGCCUCUCGUGCAGGCCAUGCUCAGUCGGUCCGGUCUCCCGCUCGAGACCAUUGCCUUGGCUGUCUGCAUUCUCGACUCUCUCAACUCCAAAUUUGCCCUGAGCUGGCGCUUGCAGUGCCCCCUGCUGCUCGAUAGCGCCUUGUCCUCUCACAACAAGCGUCACACCCUAGGUCACAGCCCCCUCCUUGAUCGCCGCUGCCAGCAGCAGUUGCACAUCGACUCGGUCCAACCCGAGCUCAUCAUCCUUGCUGCCCUCGUCAUUGCCGCAAAGUUCACCGACGACUGCCAGGAUUCGACCUCAUAUUACUGCUCGAAAUGGGGCAAAGAGAUGUGGUCGUGCGAGCAGAUCAAUGUCACCGAGCGCUGCAUCUACGAGAAUCUCAACUACCGCAUUAAGCCUCUGGUCGACGAUGAGGACCUCAUCACCGACACUAUGGUCGACAUGCAGAUGGCCGCCCGCCACUACAACUCGGCACGCCCUAUUCAGCCGUAUGAGAUGGGCCACAGCAAGAGCAAGAGCAUGACCAUUGGUACCGCUGUCGUUGGCCUGGGUUUGCAGCUAACACCCGUUGACACACCCAAGUCCGAGGCCGAGACAUUCGGUGACGAGGUGCGGGCGGCUCUCGAGACGUCGUUGGGCACCGACUAUAUGUCCCUUGCCUUUUCCGGAAACGAAAAGGCACUUUCUCCCGUCGGAGAAGAGCUUGAUGUUUGA